CUCAGUGGCCAUUCUGCAUGCUGUGACCCCUCUCAGACAUUAGUGUAUAGCAAUCUGGAGUGUGUGACUGAGUAAGGGGGGUUGCGGUGGUAGUGCUGGUGGUGGUUUAGUGGGAGGUAGCAGGACAGAUGAGGUUGGAUUACACACUUCACUCGCUUUUUCUUUCUAUAGUAACAACCGACUUGCUGUGGUUGUGAUUCGGUGCAAUGAAGGAUACUGUUGACACAAGCCAUGCUAACGGGAUCAGUUGUGAAGAAGACGAGCAGAAGAUCCAAGAGAGAGGUCAAUGGAGCAACAAGCUGGAAUUUGUUCUUUCUGUAGCUGGGUCCAUCAUUGGCCUAGGAAACAUGUGGAGAUUCCCAUACUUGUGCUACAAGAAUGGAGGAGGUGCCUUUCUCAUCCCAUACCUGAUCUUCCUGUUCACUUGUGGGAUCCCUGUGUUCAUCUUGGAGACAGCUUUAGGCCAGUACACUAGCGAAGGUGGCGUCACUUGCUGGAGAAAGAUCAGCCCUCUCUUUGAAGGUCUUGGCUAUGGCACACAGAUCAUUGUAUCCUUACUGAAUUUCUAUUACAUCAUUGUACUGGCAUGGGCCAUUUUUUACUUCUACCACUCAUUUUCCUGGGAACUUCCCUGGGCCUCUUGUCAAAAUGUUUGGAAUCUAGACACUUGUGUGGAGUUCCAUAAGAGGAAUGAUUCGGUCAACUUCACAGUUCCUGCUAAUGCUACGUCUCCUGUCAUUGAAUUUUGGGAGAGAAGAGUGUUGAGACUCUCCUCGGGUAUCGACCACAUGGGAUCCCUAAAUUGGGAUCUGGCCUUGUGUCUGCUCGUAGCCUGGAUCCUCUGCUACUUCUGCAUCUGGAAAGGGGUAAAAUCUACUGGAAAGGUUGUGUAUUUCACUGCUACCUUCCCCUAUGUCAUGCUCCUGGUGCUUCUCGUUCGGGGGCUCACAUUGCCUGGGGCCAGUAGAGGCAUCCAGUUUUAUCUGUACCCUGACCUCGGACGUUUAGCUGAUCCACAGGUAUGGAUGGAUGCAGGAACACAAAUUUUCUUCUCAUAUGCCUUGUGCUUGGGGUGUCUUACAGCGUUAGGGAGCUACAACAAGUACAACAACAACUGCUACAGGGACUGCUUAGCUCUGUGCUUUUUAAAUAGUGGGACAAGCUUUGUGGCUGGCUUUGCCAUCUUCUCAAUCCUUGGAUUCAUGUCAUAUGAGCAGAAUGUGCCUAUUUCAGAAGUGGCUGUAUCAGGCCCUGGUCUUGCCUUCAUUGCAUACCCUCGUGCUGUAACAUUAAUGCCCUUCUCUCCUCUGUGGGCCUGUUUUUUCUUUAUCAUGAUUAUUUUCCUCGGACUGGACAGCCAGUUUGUGUGUGUCGAGAGCCUGGUUACAGCCAUAGUAGACAUGUAUCCCACUGUGUUUCGCCGGAAGAACCGCAGGGAACUCUUGUUGUUUGUGGUGUGCAUCGUGUCCUUUCUCGUGGGACUUAUCAUGCUGAUGGAAGGUGGGAUGUACGUCUUCCAGCUCUUUGACUACUAUGCAGCCUCGGGAAUGUGUCUGCUCUUCAUGUCUAUAUUUGAAACAGUUUGCAUUGCCUGGGUUUAUGGUGCAGAUCGCUUCUAUGAUAAUAUGGAGGAUAUGAUUGGCUACCGCCCAGGCCCUCUAAUUAAGUAUUGCUGGAUGUUUUUCACCCCAGUCACCUGCAUAGGCACUUUUGCAUUUUCCCUCAUCAAAUACACACCUCUUAAAUACAACAAUGAGUAUGUAUAUCCCUGGUGGGGUUAUGCAGUAGGCUGGCUCCUGGCUUUGUCCUCAAUGCUCUGCAUUCCUGCAUGGAUGAUCUACAAAAUUGCCAACACAAAAGGAACACUAAAAGAGCGCAUACAGAUCCUCAUCAGGCCAUCUUCUGAUUUACCCAGGACCAAGAAGGAACAGGAGAGCUUGCUUGCUGUCUUCAGUAUGGCAGAAUCAGCUUCAACUAAUAAAGACGGCUCUCCCCCAGGGCAUCAGAUAGACACAAACCUUUAGAACUUUAUUUCACAGCCAAAUAAACGUGAUAGUUAUUCAUGAGCAUACUUCACAUAUGCCAGCCAUAAGAGUGAAAUAAUGCCAGAGAGGUUUUAUAUCAGGAGACUUGCCAUGAUAUUACAUGCUGGUGCCUCCCUUCUUCACUUAGAAGGACUAAAACAAUUUUGUACUGAGCAUUACUACAUGCAAGUGCUGUGCACAAUAUACCGAUUCACAUGACUGUAGAAUAGCCCAUGCACAUUUUAAUGCCCUAGGCUUUUUAUUCAUACAGUAUUAUUAAUGUAGUAAAUUCUAAAAUGUCUGUUAUUUACUAUUCAUUAAUUUUGUUCGUGAUCUGUAGCAUUGUUAAAGAUCUGAAUAUACUGUUCACUGAGUAUUUUGUUGUUAAUUUUCUAUAUGCUUUACUUUGGAAUCAAAAUAUAUAUAUUUGUGAAUUUAUAAGCCUGUGCGAUUAAAGGACAUUCAUCUUUCCAAGAA